AUGCAAGUAGAAUCAGAGAAAGCAGAACUUCUUUGGAAAAACUUAAGGCUGGCUUCAAAGGGACUAGGUGGAGCAAGGAAUACCAUUCUGAAGGGGGUUAGUGGGGUGAUUGAGCCUUCAACGAUGACGGCUUUGAUGGGGACUAGUGGGGCAGGAAAGUCAUCUCUAAUGAACUCACUGGCUGGAAGGAUCUCUUCUGAUAUGGAUCUUAGUGGAGAGAUUUUCCUGAAUUCGUGCCAGAGGUCCAAGAAUAGUUGGGGGAAUUUUAUUGGAUAUGUUGAACAGGAAUUCCACGCAUACGAGUAUCAGACGGUUUAUGAGACACUUCUAUUUUCGUCGAAGAUAAAGAUAAAAAGUGAGGGAGAGGAGCAAAAGGUAAAGAACAGAAUAGAAGAAAUAAUAGCACUUCUUGGAUUGAGCAAUUCCAAGAACAAGUAUAUAGCAAACUUGUCUGGAGGGGAGAGAAAGAGGGUUUCAAUAGGUGUUGAGUUACUGGGGAAUCCCCCUAUAUUGUUUUGUGACGAACCCACUAGUGGGCUGGACUCAUUUAAUGCCUUGAAUAUCCUUAGUCUGCUCAGGGACUUGUCUAAGAUGGGAAAAACUAUUUUAGUAACCAUCCACCAGCCAUCCUAUGAGAUGAUGAAUUUUUUCGACAAGUUUAUUCUGAUGACGAUGGGUAACAUUGUCUAUGAUGGAGAUAUCAAAAGCUGUAUUGCGUUUUUUGAGGAAUGUGGAUAUCGGCUUCCCGAGCUUACAAAUCCAAUGGACUUUUUUCUGAAGACAAUAAGUCUGGACACGAGAACAAAAGAUAAGGAAGAGAAAAGCCUGAGAACGAUCUCCCAUAUAACUAACGAGUGGAGAAAGAAAAAGAAGAAUCUGGAGGCGAAGCUUCAUGAGGAGGUUAGGGGGAAAAGUAGUGAGAACAAGUUGUCCCUUGGUUUUCUGCUUCUUUUGAACAGGAACUUGAAGAACUACAUCAGGAAUAUCAACUAUCUGAAAGUGAAGGCUUUCCAGAAGAUAUUUUUCAUGGUUGUAUUUGGAUUUGCCUUCCUCAACAUAGGGUAUUCUGUAGAAAGCAUAUAUACUAGACUAGGAGGCAUAACAUUUAUUCUAACGAAUACUGUUUUUGGAAUAUGUAAUCCUAUAUUCAGCAUAUUUCCAUAUGAGAGAAAAGUGAUACUCAGAGAGAGGAGGUCUGGAAUGUAUUCAGGAGUCACGGCAUUUAUGGCUAAGUACUGUUCGGAAAUUCUCAUGAACUUUAUAAUAGAGGAGCCUUAUGUAGUGAUAAUAUACUGGAUGAUGGGACUCAAUUCCGAUCUAAAAACUUUUCUAACAUUUCUGGCCAUUACAAAUUCUCUGAUCUUGUUCAGCAUAGCAUACUCCUUGGCCAUUGGCGCAAUGACGUCUUCGCAAAGUAACUCUCAGGUAUUUGGACCGAUGGGUCUGCUUGUUUUUCUGAUCUAUAGCGGAUCUUUCAACAAUCCAAAUACAAUACCUGAAUAUCUUAGAUGGAUGGUUUGGCUUUCGCCUAUGUACUAUGCAGUCAAAGCAUCGUUCCAAAACCAACUAAAUGGAGUUGUUUUUGAGAGCUCUUAUGCACGUACUACUGGAGAGGAGCAGAUUAAGCUUCGAGGGCUUGAUGGAACUGGGAUACAGGCCUGUAUACUCAUGCUGAUAGUAAUGACGUUCUUCUUUCUUGUGAGUGGUGCUUUGGCGCUCCAUUACGGUACAGAAAAUAAUAUGAAGGUGGUAACAAGUGAUGAAGAGGAGGUAUAG